AUGGCGGUGGCUCUCCAGAGCUCAGCAAAAAGUGCUGAGCGUUCUUGGUCCGUUAGCCAGGAUGGAGUUGGAUGCACUGACAUGGGCAGUAGGACCAGCUACGAGCCUUCAGAAGGAGAAAGUACGAGUCCAGUUACCUGUGAAGUACUUACCUUGUCCACUACUACGAGUCACCUAAGUGAGAGAAAAGUCCCAGUUACCUGUAAAGUGUUGUUCUGUGUCCACAGCUACGAACCUUCAGAGAAGAGGAGGGCGCCACGGGUUCAAGAGACCAAGGAAAAGGAGCCUCGUUCCCCUGUCUUCCCCCCUCUCAGUAGUGCCUUGGCCCCUGGCACCUGGCUCCCUCUCUCCCCCCUACACUAUCAGCCUGUUACAAAGGGAUCUGAGACAGGGGAUACAACAACAUCCACAAGAACUUCAUUGUCGCAUUUCAAAGCUUCAAAUCUUGAGCGCCAUUUCACAUCACUCCAUCCUACGGUCGGCCGGGAAUUUCCCAAAGGCAGUGAACUUCGUAAGCACAAGGUAAAAACUUUGAAACGUCAGUCAGAGAAGCAAACUCAACUUUUUCGGAAAUUUACCAAGCAUUCAGAGACAGUGACAUUAGCUUCAUAUCAGCUUGCAUGGAACAUUGCUCGUGCAAAAAAACCAUACCGUGAGGGGGAGUUUGUUAAAAAGUGCCUCAGUGAUGUUGUUGCUAUUCUUUGCCCCAAAAACGAACAGUUGAAACGUUCGGUAAAGGACCUUCAGCUGUCACGGCACACGGUUGAAGAGAGAAUAUCGGACAUUAACAACUCAGUUGAAACACAUUUAUAUUCAGAUCUUCAGAAGUGCCAGUACUUCAGCAUUGCUUUGGAUGAGUCUUGCGAUGUUCAAGAUAAGCCACAGUUGGCAAUAUUUGUUCGAUUUGUGUCAGAAGACUGCACAAUUAAGGAAGAGCUGCUUGACAUUGUGCCACUGAAGGACAGAACCCGUGGCAUCGAUCUGAAAGAGACAGUGAUGGCUGUUGUUGAGAAAGCAGAUCUGCAGUUAUCAAAACUAUCAGCAAUAGCCACUGACGGAGCUCCAGCCAUGUUGGGGUCUGGGAAAGGCCUUAUAGGACUGUGUAAAGCUGAUGACCGUUUUCCUGAAUUUUGGACGUUUCAUUGUAUUAUCCACCAAGAGCACUUGGUGUCUAAAAAGCUGAACUUGGAUCACAUCAUGAAACCUGUGCUGGAAAUUGUCAAUUUUAUACGCACACAUGCUCUCAAUCACAGGCAGUUCAAAAAUCUCAUUGCUGAGCUUGAUGAAGAUCUCCCAUCUGAUCUGCUUCUUCACUGUGCUGUGAGAUGGCUUUCAAAAGGUAAUGUGCUUUCUCGUUUUUUUGAGCUUUUAAAUCCAGUGAAGCUGUUCCUCGCAGAAAAACAGAAGGACUACCCUGAGCUGUGUGAUCCCAAGUGGAUUUCAGAUUUGGCUUUUUUGGUUGACAUACUGCAUCAUCUGAAUGGCCUGAAUGUGGAUCUGCAAGGAAAGUUAAAGAUGGUGCCUGACCUGGUGCAGAGUGUUUUCACAUUUAUCAACAAACUCAAGCUGUUCAAAAUGCAUCUACAAAAGAGAGAGUUAACACAUUUUCCAUCCCUGUUGAAGGCAAGUGGACAAGCAGCAGAGGUUGUAAAUGAGAGUACUGGACGAUAUGCAACACUGCUUGAAAAUCUCGAACAGAGUUUUGAGGACAGAUUCUCUAGCUUACGCCAAAAAAGACCACAAAUUGCAUUUCUCAUCAACCCAUUCACUGCUGAAUCAGACUGUUUAAAAGCCCCUUUAGUGGAAGAUGAAGCAGCAUCUCAGCUUGAAAUGAUAGAACUUUCUGAGGAUGACAGACUUAAAAGUGUUCUAAGGGAAGGAACUGUGGAGUUUUGGAAGAUUGUACCAAUUGAGAAAUAUCCCAAUGUUAAAAAGGCAGCACUAAAACUUUUGUCUAUGUUUGGGUCAACUUACAUUUGUGAAUCACUUUUUUCAACACUGAAACACGUGAAAUCAAAGCAUCGCUCUGUCCUGACAGAUACACAUGUGAAAGAAUUGCUACGAGUAGCCACAACUGAAUACAAGCCAGACUUAGCAAAGAUUGUGGAAAACAAGGAGUGCCAGGUCUCCCACUGA